AUGGCUCCCGUUAUUAGCCGUGCUAAAGUUUAUCCUGAGGUUAACCAAAACAACCCGCGUGAUUAUUGGGACUACGAAACCCAUAUUAUUGAAUGGGGAAACAUUGACGAGUAUCAAUUAGUUCGCAAGCUUGGAAGAGGAAAGUAUUCUGAGGUUUUCGAAGGUAUCCGCACUACUCCAGACAGCGCAGAAGCCAAAUGUGUUGUGAAGAUCUUGAAGCCGGUCAAGAAGAAGAAGAUCAAGCGUGAAAUAAAAAUUCUUGAAAAUCUCCGCGGAGGCACAAACAUCAUUUCCUUGCUUGAUGUGGUCAAGGAUCCCGUCUCGCGAACGCCAGCACUUGUUUUUGAAUAUGUCAAUAACACGGACUUCAAGCAACUCUAUCAGACGCUGAGUGAUUUCGAUAUCCGCUACUAUUUGUUUGAGCUUCUACGGGCCCUUGACUAUUGUCAUUCGAUGGGAAUCAUGCAUAGAGAUGUUAAGCCUCACAAUGUGAUGAUUGAUCAUGAGAAGAGGGAGUUGCGACUGAUUGAUUGGGGAUUGGCCGAGUUCUAUCACCCUGAUCAGGAAUACAAUGUUCGUGUAGCAUCGCGAUACUUUAAGGGGCCUGAACUAUUGGUUGAUUAUCAAUUUUACGAUUAUUCAUUGGAUAUGUGGUCUCUCGGAUGCAUGCUUGCUUCGAUGAUUUUCCGCAAGGAACCCUUCUUCCAUGGGCAUGACAACUAUGAUCAGCUUGUGCGUAUUGCUAAAGUGCUUGGAACAGAAGAACUCUACGACUACAUUGAGAAAUAUCAGAUUGAUCUUGAUCCACGUUUCAACGAUAUUUUGGGCCGUCAUUCAAGGAAACGAUGGGAACGCUUUGUGCACCAGGAAAAUCAGCACCUGGUUACACAAGAGGCUAUCGACUUUUUGGACAAACUACUUCGAUACGAUCAUGCUGAGCGUUUGACUGCUUAUGAAGCUAUGUGUCAUCCCUACUUCCGCCCUGUGGUUGAACAACGUGCUGAUGGUGCACAACUUCUUGCUCCACGUGCACAAGCAAUUCAUCAUCCACCACAACAGAUGAAUGUCAACGCAGCAGCC